GUGGAGAUCUCACACGGUGAAGACUUUUAUAUUUUCAGAAGAUUAAAACGCGUCUAAUUUGGACUGGUUGUUUUAAGUGUGUGGAGUUUGUUGCUUAGCAGCGUGGAGCGCGUCUCGUGAUUGGCCGAUAUCUCGCACUCGCUCCAGCGCUCUUUGAAAAGCUCGUGAAAGGUGCGCGAGCGCGCUACAGAACUGUUCACAACUCUAAACCAGCGAAUAGCGCAUCUUCACUUUGAGCAUUUUAUUUUGAACGUAUUUGCAUUAUGCACGUCAGUUCGUCGACGCUCAACAUCUUUUGAAGUGCGAAAAGAAAGAAUUGUAAAGAGACAAAUGGAUGCAAGUGCACGAGGUUUUAAUGUGGGUUUAUAGUCUGGAGGGCUCGUGUUACCCAGAACACCAUGAUUACUGAUUCGUCGAAUCCGGCAGAGUUUUACGAGGACAGCGCUUCACUUCUGUCCUUAGACUCCAGUGUAUUUUUCAGUGAGCCCGUUCUGCCAAGCGCUGAUCCGCUGGACUUCUUCAUUAUAAAUGUCGGAGGCAGUCGCUACAUCCUCUCUCAGGAAUUGUUGGCCUCCCACCCCGAGACUCGCUUGGGUAAGUUGGCCCUUUCCACCCGAGACUCUGCCUUAGAUUUGUGCGACGAUGCGGAUUUCAUGGAGAACGAGUACUUCUUUGACCGCAACUCGCAGACCUUUCAGUACAUCAUGAACUUUUAUAAGACGGGCCGUUUGCAUGUGCGCGAGGAGCUGUGCGUGAUCUCCUUCCUGCAAGAGAUUGAAUACUGGGGCAUUGACGAGCUCCGCAUAGACAGCUGUUGCAGGGACAAAUACUACCGAAGGAAGGAAAUAAAGGAGUCGAUGGAGAUUAAUAAGGAUUCUGAGGUAAUAGACAGUGAUAAUGAGGACUUUAAUGGAAUUAUAUGCCAGGACUUGCGGCAACGCCUCUGGGACCUGAUGGAGAAGCCGGAUUCCUCCAAGGCGGCGAAGACAUUUGGGACGCUUUCCAUGCUUUUUGUGGUGGUGUCAAUAGUGAACAUGUCACUGACAUCGCUCGACUUCACUAUUCUCGGAGCACCCAUCCUGGAUGUUCUCGAAUACGUUUGUAUCAUCUGGUUUACAGGUGAACUGGUUCUCAGGUUUAUGUGCGUUAAGGAUAAGUGUAAGUUCAGCAGGAGCGUGGUGAACAUCAUAGACUUGCUGGCAAUUUUGCCAUUCUAUGUGACUUUGGCGGUGGAGAGCCUGCAUGGCGAAUCUACGGAGCUGGAAAACGUUGGACGAGUAGUUCAGGUCUUGCGACUGAUGAGGUCGCUGAGGAUGCUAAAACUUGGCAGACACUCCACAGGUCUUAAAUCUCUGGGCAUGACGAUAACUCUGUGCUACGAGGAAGUUGGUCUCCUGAUGCUGUUUCUUUCCGUCGGCAUCUCCAUCUUCGCCACGGUGGAAUACGCCAUUGAGCAUGACAUUCCAGAGACCACCUUCCCCAACGUGCCCAGUGCCUGGUGGUGGGCCACCACCUCCAUGACCACGGUGGGCUACGGAGACAUCCGUCCCGACACGGUACUGGGAAAGAUAAUGGCCUUUAUCUGCAUCCUCUCUGGGAUCCUCAUCCUCGCGCUGCCUAUCGCCAUCAUCAACGAUCGAUUCUCCGCCUGCUACUUCACUCUCAAAAUGAAGGAGGCGGCGCUUCGGCACGGAGAGGCUCUGAAGCGGCUGACGCGCAGCUCGACCUCGGACAUGACGGCGAUAGGGGUGAACCUGCGCGACGCCUACGCCAGAAGCGUGCUGGAGAUGCUGCGGUUGCAGGGGCGGGAGCGAGAGCGGGCGAGCACACGCAGUAGCGCAGGAGAUCUCUGGUGGUAACAGAAGGCCUACAUACUAACAGACACAAAGUGUGUGUGAGUGUGUGAGAGAGAGAGAGUGAGAAACACAGAGGUCUUUUAAAGGACAGCACAACCUUUUCAGCUGAAAAUGUGUGAUUUUUAUGACACUAGCAGCAUUGAAUUGAAUUGCAAAAAUAAUGAGUGUUCUCGAACAGGUUUCCGCCCUUCAGCUAUUGAUUGGGCAUUUUGGUAGUCCCCGCCCCAUUGGUUCAUUGGUUGAGUUGCUGAUAAUGUGCCACCCUAAACAAUCAUGUCAUGUUGAAAGCAGCAUAAUGCAUGCUAAGAAGUGUUUCCUUUUUUUGGGAGUCCACAAAUGCGUCUGCAUACUAAAUUGCAGUAGCGGCUGGUGACUACUCUUCCGAGGGGCGCAAAUUCAAUUAAGUGUUCAGAGUGCAAUGUGUGUUGCUCGUGUUUUCAAAAUAUGUGUUUGUUGCGUCAUGUGAACCAUGUGCAUCACGUGUUUUGUCAAAAUAAGUGCCUGCUGCACACGCGUCAAAACCGUUUAAGAUAAAAGAGAUGCUUACAUUCAUAAAAUACACUCAAGACACUCCCUUAACAGUAAACUCUGAUUACACAUGAGAUUAUGCGAGUAUCUGGCAAAUGCGAGCUUCUCUUACAUCAUAAACCCUUUAGACGCAUCUGUAGCAGGCACUUAUUUUGACAAAACACGCGAUGCGUUAAACCCAUAUUUUGAAAUUACGAACCACACACAUGACGGGCUACAAAUAUAUUGUGACGAACUUCGCAUGGUGCACCCUCGAAAAAAGAAGUUAACGGCCGCCACUGCUAAAUUGUGAUUUUUAAACACAAGCAGAGCAAAUGUUUAUGCAUAUUUGCAUAAAAGGUUGAACUGGCAUUGCAUUCAUCAAUUCAACAAAUGCAGCAAUUUCAACAGAAUCCCUUUAUACUUUAGGUUUGCCAGAAGCAUGUUCUGUUUAUAUUUGUAUAAAA